AUCGACAUAUCGCGCAUGAUGCAACCGUGUCUCACUGCCCCCGCGACACGGCGCUCCCCCGCGCGGCGCGGCGCCCCGUGACGAUGCGUUGGCCCACUCCCGCAACCUUCCAAACCAAAAACCCCUCGUCGCCGCCGUGCACUCAACCGGAAUGCUUGCGUUUGCGUGAGCUCCAAAACCCCCACACCCCACUCGCCAACGCCAAAGCCAUCGGCGGCGUGGACUCCUCCCAGAAAUCCGUAGAUAGGUGGCGUCCUAGCGAUCGGGAGCGGAGAUGGCUGCUGCUGCUGCGGCUGCGGCGGCGGCGGCGGCCGAAGUGGGGAAGCGGGUGCUCGACACGGGCUGGCUCGCCGCGCGCUCCACCGAGGUGGCCCUCACCGGCGAGCAGCUCACCACCACCGACCCGCCGCCCGCCGACCCGGAGCCGACGGCACCCUGGAUGCACGCCGCCGUCCCCGGCACCGUGCUGGGGACGCUGCUGAAGAACAAGCUGAUCCCCGACCCCUUCUACGGCCUCAACAACGAGUCGAUCAUCGACAUCGCCAAAUCCGGGAGGGGGCACUACACCUUCUGGUUUUUCACCACCUUCCAGUGCGCUCCGGCUGGACACCAGCAUGUGAGUUUAAACUUUCGUGGAAUAAACUAUUCAGCUGAAGUGUAUUUGAAUGGGCAUAAAGAGGUACUUCCAAAAGGAAUGUUCCGAAGGCACACCCUCGAUAUUACUGAUGUUCUUCGUCCGGAUGGUAAAAAUCUGCUUGCUGUUCUUGUUCAUCCUCCUGUUCAUCCUGGUGCAAUUCCUCCUCAAGGAGGUCAGGGUGGUGAUCAUGAGAUUGGGAAGGAUGUUGCUACUCAAUAUGUUGAAGGAUGGGACUGGAUGUGUCCAAUAAGGGAUCGAAACACUGGUAUCUGGGAUGAAGUAUCAAUAUCCGUAACUGGGCCUGUGAGGAUAAUGGACCCCCACCUAGUUUCAACUUUUUAUGAUGAUUUUAAGAGGUCAUAUCUGCACUGCACGCUUCAGUUGGAGAACAGAAGUUCAUGGCUUUCAGAUUGUAAAUUGAAAAUUCAAGUUUCAACUGAACUCGAGGGGAACAUUUGCCUGGUGGAACAUCUACAGAGUUAUGAGAUAUCAGUUCCUCCUAACUCAGUUCUAGAGUACACUAUUCCUCCUUUGUUCUUCUAUAAGCCAAACCUGUGGUGGCCGAAUGGCAUGGGAAAGCAAUCCUUAUACAAUGUUGAGAUUGGUGUGGAUGCCAAUGGAUUCGGUGAAUCUGAUUCAUCGAAUCAUCAUUUUGGAUUCCGUAAGAUUGAGAGUACAAUUGAUGGUUCUACCGGUGGGAGGAUCUUCAAGGUAAAUGGUGAACCUGUUUUCAUCCGAGGAGGGAACUGGAUAUUGUCAGAUGGCCUUCUUCGAUUAACAAGGAAGCGGUAUAUGACUGACAUCAAGUUUCAUGCUGAUAUGAACUUUAAUAUGCUUCGCUGUUGGGGUGGUGGAUUAGCAGAAAGGCCUGAUUUUUAUCAUUUUUGUGAUAUCUAUGGUUUGAUGGUUUGGCAGGAAUUCUGGAUAACUGGAGAUGUUGAUGGACGAGGAAUUCCAAUAUCAAAUCCAAAUGGUCCUUUGGACCAUGAUCUCUUCCUUCUAUGUGCUAGAGAUACUGUCAAAUUACUUAGGAAUCAUGCUAGCCUAGCUCUAUGGGUUGGUGGAAAUGAACAAGUCCCACCAGUUGACAUUAACAAAGCACUGAAGAAUGAUCUGAAGUUACAUCCUAUGUUUGUAAGUAACCAUACAACAAAAAGUCCAGGAAAGGAUAUAUCAGAAGACCCAACUGACCCAAGUAAAUACCUUGAUGGCACUCGAGUGUACGUCCAAGGAUCAAUGUGGGAUGGUUUUGCCAAUGGGAAAGGCGACUUUACUGAUGGUCCAUAUGAGAUUCAAUAUCCAGAGAGCUUUUUCAAGGACAGUUUCUACAAAUAUGGGUUUAAUCCUGAAGUUGGGUCUGUUGGGGUUCCAGUUGCAGCAACAAUUAGAGCAACAAUGCCCUCAGAAGGUUGGAGCAUUCCAAUUUUUAAGAAGAGGAUCGAUGGGUACAUAAAUGAAGUACCAAAUCCAAUAUGGGAUUACCACAAGUACAUCCCCUACUCAAAACCAGGGAAAGUCCAUGAUCAGAUUGAACUGUAUGGCCAUCCAAGUGAUCUCGACGAUUUCUGUGAAAAAGCACAAUUGGUCAAUUAUGUUCAGUACAGAGCACUUCUGGAAGGAUGGACUUCUUUCAUGUGGACAAAGUUUACAGGUGUUUUAAUUUGGAAGACACAAAAUCCAUGGACUGGGCUACGAGGACAGUUCUAUGAUCAUCUCCUAGAUCAAACAGCUGGGUUUUAUGGUUGCCGUUGUGCUGCUGAACCAAUUCAUGUACAGCUGAAUUUGGAUAGUUACUUCAUAGAGGUGGUAAACACUACAGCCGAUGAACUUCGGGAUGUGGCUGUCGAAAUUUCAGCAUGGGAUCUAGAUGGCGCGUCCCCAUAUUACAGAGUUACUGAGAAAAUAGCAGUGCCACCAAAAAAAGUGCAGCAAGUCACGGAGAUGUCAUAUCCUAAGACGAAGAACCCAAAGCCUGUAUAUUUUCUACUUCUCAAACUUUUUAAGCUGUCAGACAACCAGGUACUCUCCAGGAACUUUUACUGGCUACAUCUUCCUGGAAAAGACUACAAGUUGUUGGAACAGUAUCGUCAGAAACAGAUACCACUGAAGAUCAACUCUAAGAUUUCCAUCUCAGGCUCUGGAUACAAGGUCAGAAUGUCCAUAGAGAACAGAUCAAAGAAACCAGAAAACGCUAACGUAUCAACCAUGAAUCUAGCCGAUGCAAACGGUUCCGACAGAACCGGAGAAGAAGCCAUCCAGGAUGGACAUAGCAGUGGCCUGUGGGGGAAAAUCCGCAGAGGCCUCAUCAUCACAAGGUCAGAUGACAACGUAAGAACAGUGGAGGUGAAAGGGGCCGAUUCAGGCGUCUCGUUUUUCCUCCAUUUCUCGGUACACACAUCUGAGCCAUCAUCCAGUCAGGAUGUUUACAAGGACACAAGAAUCCUCCCUGUCCACUACUCCGACAACUACUUCUCCCUCGUACCGGGGGAGAAGAUGGCCAUCGACAUCUCGUUCGAGGCCCCCCAGGGAUCCACCCCCAGGGUCAUUCUGAAAGGCUGGAACUAUCACCUGGACCAUGCAGUGACGUUAUAGUAAGAGUACUUCAACUAGCCUGUCAAAAUGUGGCCGUGUCGGGGACGGGACAAGAUCCCACAGAGCAAGUAGUACAUCUCCCUACAAUAAAGUGCAGGUAGCGACUUCAAAUCGUGACAUUGCAUGAGCAGUGGGUGUGAAUUAUUUGUGGUGCCCAUCACCUCCGUGAUUCCGUCAGAGACGAUCUCAGACGCUCAGGCUCCUGCGUUGUUGACGGUGUCGGCGCCAACCAACAACUUGGGUAAAUGUUUGUUUGGGCCAGAACCAUUAAUAAAAGGGUCACCGUAGUACAAUCAUCGACCCCUGCAUCCAGAUGCAGCGACGCAAACGGGGCUAGCAUAUGCAUUUCUAUCCAUUUUUUCUGCUGCCAUUCAUUUCCAUUGAAUCUGGACGAGAGAAUCAUGGCAUUCCUGUUACUCCGAUACUUCCUCCGUCUGGCGUUUGUAAGACUAUCAUACGGGUAGUUGUGUAAACAAACUAACAGAGGUCUUUUGUACGGCUCUUUGUAAAGAAAAUGGAAUCUGUGUGCUCCUAUUAAAUAUGGCUUUAUGAGUCUAAGCACAUUGAAGAUCAGCUCCUGUAUUUUUAUAUAACUAGCUUCGUGGCUUUCU